UUCAACAAUUCUUUUAUAAUACGUAGAUUUCCUAACUAUAAAAGGAACAGAAGAAAAGAAGUAGAAUUUUUUUCUCCAACCUUGAACAAUUUAAAUUAGAGGUUGCUUGAAGAGGUGUUAGAAUGUUGGUGUAAGGUAUGAUAGUAAUCUGCGGCUGAGAUAUUUAUGCUAUGGGGUCUUGUGUGUCAAAGAGUGAUGAUGGAUGUGGAAGAGGGAGGUUGACAUUAAAAACUGCGAGUAAAAGACGUAAACUCAGAAGAAGAGUGUCUUCUCAGGUUUGCAAUGGAUCAUUGGACAAGGUUGAUGUGCCUGAGCCUGACUUCUCUGGUCGCUCCAUUUUCAACCCCACUUUUCAAGGAACUACGGAGGAGGCAUGGUUUGAUUCAGUUGGAGCCUUUGAAUCAGACUGUGAUGAUGACUUCCAGAGUAUCCCUGAUGAUGUGAUAUUUCUGAAUGGAACUGAAGCCAACCGUGGAGUUUCGACUGAUCAGGCGCACAAACCUGGGGUGAUAUCAAAAGGACAUUCUGCACACACCUCUGAGGAUGUUAGUAAUUCAGAUGCUGAGUUUCUUGAUGUAGAUGCCAUGAACUUUCAAUGUAAACGCCAUGGAAGUGUAAAUGAAGCAAAUGAACCUGUUUUUCUUGAUGAAUUUUCCUCGGUGGACGCGAGCUCCAAAAGAGUUGAUGGAGAUUUGGACAGCUGCGGGAUUCUUCCAAGCAAAUGUUUGUCAUGUCUUUCAUCUAUUGAUCAGAGAUCGUCAUGUUCUAGUCCUCCUAAUACAAGGAACAAGGCUCCUAACAAGCAUUCCUUUAGAUGGAGUGGGAAUGCUACUCUAUUUUCCUCCAAGACACUUCUACAAAGACCACUCGCUGGUUCUCAGGUACCCUUUUGUCCAAUUGAGAAGGAAAUGGUUGAUUGUUGGUCACACAUUGAUCCCAGCACUUUUAAAGUUCGAGGAGCAAAUUAUUUAAAGGACAAGAAGAAAGAAUUCGCUUCAAACCAUUGUGCGUAUUACCCAUUUGGUGUUGAUCUAUUCUUAUCCCCACGUAAAAUAGACCAUAUAGCUCGGUUUGUGGAACUUCCUGGGAUGAAUUUUUAUGGGAAACUUCCACCUCUACUUGUUGUAAAUGUUCAGAUUCCCAUUUACCCUGCCACACUUUUUCAAGGUCAAACUGAUGGAGAAGGAAUAAAUUUUGUGUUGUACUUUAAACUUUCUGAUAGUUACUCCAAGGAUCUUCCGUUGAAUUUUCAAGAAAACAUAAGAAGGUUGAUGGAUGAUGAAAUUGAAAAGGUAAAGAGUUUUCGUGGAGAAACAAUGGUCCCCUUCAGGGAAAGGUUGAAAAUUUUAGGUCGUGUUGUCAACACAGAAGAUCCUCAUUUUAGUGCAGCAGAACGGAAGCUUAUGCAGAAUUACAAUGAGAAACCUUUUCUUUCACGUCCGCAACAUGAGUUUUACUCAGGAGAAAAUUACUUUGAGAUUGAUUUGGACAUGCAUAGAUUCAGUUAUAUCUCCAGGAAAGGUUUCGACGUUUUCUUGGAUAGAUUAAAGGUCUGCAUUCUGGAUGUUGGUCUCACUAUUCAGGGGAACAAAGCAGAGGAGCUGCCAGAACAAAUGUUAUGCUGUAUCAGGAUAAACAGCGUUGAUUAUAUGAAUUACCAGCAACUGGAGCAACCUGAGGAUCCCCUCUAACAAUAAUAUACUUGCAAAACAUUUGUUAUCAAUUUUUGUGAUCAAUAAUGAUCAUUUCAAGUUGGGUUUCA